AUGCAUCUUCGACGUUUCUUCGGGUUAUCAGCCCUUCUACCUUUGAUAUCGGGAUUUGUUCUGUCUCCUGGUGAUACGGCAACGAUUCCUGGCUGGGACCUUCAGUCCUCGCUCCAAGCCAAAGACGACCCCCGGAAGCUUUCACAGCCCGAUGCUAAGACCGACUCAUGGCACCGUAUCAGCUCACGCAGCACCGUCAUGGCCGGCUUGCUUCAAGCCGGGGUCCACAAUGAGACCGAUCUUUUCUACUCAGACCACAUGAAGGCCGUUGAUCUCACCCCUUUUCAGUCCCCAUGGCUGUAUCGUGAAGAGUUCGGCUUGCAGUCGCCACCCAACGGCGGCCAUCUCUUCCUCGUCACCCAUGGCAUCUCCUCCAAGGCCGAUAUCUUCUUCAACGGCGCGCAAGUAGCGUCGAGCGAGUUCCAACAGGGAUGCUUUGGGGGUCACCAGUAUGAUAUCACGUCACACGUCCGAUCAGGGAAAAACGCUCUUCUUGUUCAGGCCUACCCGACCAACUACCUCGCCGAUUUUGGUCAAGGCUUCGCAGACUGGAACCCUUAUCCGCCAGAUAACGGUACGGGGGUCUGGCGCGACAUCGAGCUGAAACAGACAGGGCCUAUUUCUCUGUCCCCGGUCCGGAUCCUCACCGACUUUAAGGGCACGCCCAGUGAUCAAGUGACGGUGACGGUCAUCGCAGAUGUCACCAACCAGAACAAUAUACCCAUCCAGGGGUCCGUCAAGGGUCUCGUCGAGGCAGAAGAUGGGACGCAGCGGUUCCCAUUUGAAACGAAUGUACGCCUUAACCCCAAUGAGAACACCACCGUCUCUAUUCCCGUGUCGAUCAAAACCCCCCAGAUCUGGUGGCCAGCUGCCUGGGGUCGUCAGCCCCUCUACGCCGUCCAGCUCAACGUGACCACGCCUCAAGGAACAAUCUCUGACCGUACGCCACGCACAACCUUCGGCAUCCGCCACGUCGCCUCCCAGCUCAGCGCCGAUAAAGACGUCUCCUUCAGCAUCAACGGCCUUCCGUUCCUGGUACGCGGCGCAGGCUACGCCCCUGACCUCUUCCUGCGGUUCAACGUGAGCCGCAUCCGCACCAUCUUCCGCUACGUGCUCGACAUGGGCCUCAACACGAUCCGGCUGGAAGGCAAGCUCGAGCAACCGGAGUUCUACGAGAUGGCGGACCGAAUGGGGAUCAUGAUUCUAGCAGGGUGGGAAUGUUGCGAUAAAUGGGAGGGAUGGGACUACAACCCCGACGGCAAAGGCAUCAAAUGGGACCCGACAGACUACACAGUCGCCUUCCACCAGAUGUACCACGAAUCCACUUACCUCCAACCACACCCCUCGCUCCUCGGCUUCCUCCUAGGAUCAGACUACUGGCCCAACGACGCCGCGGCAGCAAGCUACCUAGACGCGCUCACACUCACCAACUGGAGCAACCCGAUCAUCUCCUCAGCCUCGACCCGUGGCCACCCCUCCACCCUCCCACCAUCCGGCAUGAAAAUGCUCGGUCCCUACGACUGGGUCCCACCAAACUACUGGACGCCAGACCCAACGCCACAAGGCGUCGAAACUGGGACGGCGUACGGGUUCGGGUCUGAGCAGGGGCCAGGCGUAGGGACACCGGGCCUGAGCUCGCUCUCGCAGUUCCUCUCACCAGGGGACCUUCAAACGCUCUGGCACCAGCCGCGAGCAGGACACUACCACAUGUCGACGGGCGACUCAGAAUUCUAUACGCGCGCGCUGUACAACACGGCGCUCUUCCAGCGCUACGGCCACCCGACCUCGCUGGAGGACUACCUCCAAAAAGCCCAGCUAAUAGACUACGAAGCCACCCGGGCUGAAUUCGACGGCUUCGCCCUCAACCAGAACAAUAACGCAACCCGCCCCGCCACGGGCGUAAUCUACUGGAUGCUCAACUCCGCCUGGCCAAGCCUGCACUGGCAGCUCUUCGACUUCUACCUCCGCCCAGCCGGCGCCUACUUCGGCGUAAAAGCCAGCACCGCCGGUGGUGCCACCGAGCACCUCGCCUACGAUUACACAAGCCGCGAGGUAAGCAUGAUCAACCACGCCAUCGUCGCCCGUUCAACCCCACGCACCGUGGAAAUAGAACUCAUCGCCGCGGCAGACGGCCGCACGCUCUCAAAACAAACGGUCAACGUACCGCCCACGGACCCAGGCACCUCGGUGUCAGUCGCACAUCUACCAGACGACGCAGUCGCCGCACUAGGCGACAACGGCGUAGGCUUCCUGCGCCUUAUCCUCCGCGACUCCACCCCAACACAGCAGAACACCCGGCUAAGCCGCACAGUCUACUGGCUCUCACGACACAACGACGAGCUAGAUUGGAGCCGCGCGAACUGGUACACCACCCCGGUAACCAAAUACGCAAACUUCAAGGGCCUGAGUGCGUUGAAGACUGCAGCUGUCACGGGUAAGGUUAGCAAGGUGCCACACCCCGCCGCGGAGGAGGAGGAGGAUAGCGCCCAGGCGACGACGCUGCUGGAGAUCUCGCUGGAGAAUCAAGCGGACGUGCCUGCGUUCUUUCUGCAUGUGACUGUCGUUGGGCCGGACGGUGCGGAGAUCGCGCCCGUGUACUGGUCGGAGAACUUCGUCACGCUUUUCCCGCGGGAGAGGCUUGCGUUGAUGGUGAGGGUUCCGCGGAGGGAGAGGGACGGGUGGGCGGUUGUUGUUGAUGGGGUCAAUGUUGAGAGGAGGGUGGUUGGGCGGGGGUGA